AUUAUCUUUACGCAUUAUAUAUCUGCUAAGCUUGCAAAGUCACUUUUCGAUUUGCCACAUACCCUUUCUGGUCUUCCCUCAUGGAGACCAAACAGCCAAUCGCUUACACACCUGAGGGCGCUGUGUCAGUUUCAUAUACCACCCUUGUAUCCGCCCCAGAAUCUCUGGGCGAUUCAAUAGAACGCGCAUUCGGAUCAGGCCCAGAGUGUUUGGGCAUAAUCAUCGUUAGAGAUCUACCACCGUCGUACGCUGCUUAUCGGCAGAGGCUCCUUACCCUCGCCUACAAGUUCGCCAAGCUGGAUGAGAAUGUCAGAGAGCAGUAUACAGAUGCCUCCAGCAAUUACAGCUUUGGAUGGUCGCAUGGCAAGGAAAUCAUGAACGGAAAACCAGACGUUCUGAAAGGGUCCUACUAUGCAAACCCUCUCAUCGAUAAUCCACCCGUAUCGCCCCAGCAUAGAAAGGAAUGGCCUGAAUAUUACGCCCAGAAUAUAUGGCCCAAGCCUGACGAGAAGGGUGUCGAAGGAUUCGAGGAAGCCUUCAAGGAUUUGGGAAGAUUCGUCUCAGACGUCGGAUGUACACUUGCAGAAGCAUGCCAGCCAUUCGCGUUAUCCCGGUUUUCGGAUGUUUCGAUGUCCCUGCCGAAGUUGAUUAGCACCUCGCAAACUACGAAGGCCCGCUUAUUGCAUUAUUUUCCGCCUUCUCAAGAGAAUUCUUUGCCAGCGGAAGAUGGGCCUAUGGACAGUUGGUGUGGCUUUCAUCUUGAUCAUUCCCUUCUGACAGGCUUGUGUUCUGCAAUGUAUCUAUCGGAAGGCGAAAGUGAUCUUUCUGAACCAACCGUAGUUCAGUCGGCCUCGAUAUCCUCAGGGCUAUAUAUACGUACACGAGGAGGGGAACUGACCAAAGUAUCGAUUCCUGAAGAUAACCUCGCUUUUCAAACUGGAGAAGCUCUGGAAAUCGCUACGGGCGGGAAGCUGCGCGCUACUCCACACUGUGUGCGGGUCGGGACUGAGGUCGCUGAUUCCGGCACAAUAUCCAGGGAGGCUUUCGCAUUAUUCAUGCAGCCAGACACGGAUAAGCUGCUCUCGCCAUCGGUAACAUUUGGUCAAUUCAGUAGAGGCGUGUUCGAUGAACAUUACGACAAAAAUUCAGAUUGAAAGGCAUUUCUACAUGUCAUAAUAAAUUCAAUCUACGUACACAGUAAAUCCUAUGAAAACAAAAGCCUAU